CUUUCUCUUUCGUUAUACAUAAAUCAUGAGCCAACGACUUUACAGCAAGGGCCGUGUCUUGGGCUACGAACGUGCUAAGCGCAACCAGAACCCCAACACUUCUCUCAUUCAGAUUGAGGGUGUUCAGACCACUAAAGAUGCUCAGUUCUACCUCGGCAAGCGCAUUGCUUACGUCUACCGUGCUCAAAAGGCCGUCAAUGGCUCCAAGAUCCGUGUGAUCUGGGGUCGCAUUGCUCGCACUCACGGUACCAAUGGUGUCGUCAAGGCCCGUUUCCGCAACAACUUGCCUCCCAAGACCUUUGGUGCCAGUGUUCGUGUGAUGCUUUAUCCUUCCAACAUUUAA